AUGGCUAAAGGAAAAUCCGGAUUGCUCCAGGCCUUUGCCCAAGCUUUAGGCAAGCCCCCCAAGAAGUCUCGCAAGAAGUCUCACAAGAAAUCCAAGCCAGCAUCGGAUAGCGGAAAGAGUGACUCUGCGAAGUCCAAAGGAAAGGCACCAGCAAAGGAGGAAGUGGGCGAACCAUCCACAGCGCCACCAAAGGAGAAAUCCGAGAAAGAGAAGAAAAUGGACGCUCUAAAAGCUAAGAAGAAAGACUUGAAGAGUCAACUUGAAGCGACCGAGGAGAAAAUUCGUCAAACCGAGAAGCAGUAUUGCGAUAAUGAAAUGAAAUUCAUAAAUUGGUGGCAAAAGCGAACAGAUAUAGGCACACAGGCGGCAAAUGAGCUUGCACAGUUGCGUAUGGAUGCAUACAAAGAGCGCAAAGACCAGCUUUUAGCAGAUCUGGACAAGCUGGAACACGAAGGCGAUAAGUUAUGGAAAAAGAUUGGCCAUGCUAAGGUUGAUAUCCGGGUGGAAGAGUAUUCUGAUGAUUCUUCCGACUCCUCAGAUUUCUCGGAUUCAUCAUCAGAUUUUUCACUUUCUUCAGAUUCGUCUUAUUAA